ACCUGACCACGUGCACUUGUGUUUUCGGGAGCCAAGUCCUUCCGGGUUGUCCGACUGGUGCAUGCCAUUCCAGCCACUCUGUGUAAACAACUGUCAUAAUUGUAACCGGGUAGAGAGCACGUUUAAAAAUUUAUACGGAAACCCGACUCUUCAGACUUUCAUCCUCCUUCCCCGAGGAAUUUCGAUCAGUUUUACGAAUUCAAUCAGGUGCAUCGUGUGAUGGCUAUAGAGGUGUGGUGCCAAUUCGCGUGAGAUCCAAGUGAUGUGCAGCCUAUUUACUGUUCAUAAGAAUAGGCUUGAAUUCCGUAUUCAGGAAUUGCCGUAAAGUAAGUUUUCAUAACCUCGAGAAGGCUUCUAAAGCCGGCAAAAGUGAAAAUCGUCUGAACUUGAUUCCGAUUUCGAGGCAUGUCAGUGGCAACCUGACUGCACUUUUCAUUGUGAGUUGUUGGAACAGGUCAAGUGCAAUGCGAAUAUAGCAUACAUUUUCGCAUCGUUUCCCUAUUCAGUUGGAACGCCGAAAAGUUUCGAUACAAACAUUAACCUACAGAGACACACGGUCGGAACAAAAUCGAAACAUACAUUUCAUAUGAUACAUGAAAGUGAAAAUUGCAAACACUCGUAAGCAAGACCAUAGACACAAAAAAAACGGCAGCAUUUUUGGCACAGUAAAAAGUGGAAACAAACUCACCGUUUUUCCUUCUUUGUGUGAAAAGUUUUGGUUUUUGAAUAGCGAGACACGUGGAGGAACAGCGUGGAAAACUUUCAGACCGGCUGGGACCGAAAAGCGAACGUACCUACCUUUGCCGCCGUUCAAUGGGGUGUUGAUUACAGAAUCGUAACCGAACACCACAAAUCAGGUUUACACCAGAGUUUCAGAAAAUAAUUCAGUCGCCCCCAAUCGGAAAAGUCACCUUGGCAUAGGUAACAAAUUUGAGCUGCUGUCAAUUUCCGAAUCGAAGCUACCAUAAGUCAACGGUAAAAUGAAGCGUAUGCCCUCGAGAAGUUGGUAAACAACCGAGUGAUGAGUUAGGGGUGUUUGCUAAACUGUAUGCCGUUCGUCGUUUUGACAAAGUGUAAACGUCUCCAAGCUUGACGCGAUUAAUGGUAGCACUACAGGUGAUCGAUCCUGUCACUCAGCAGCAGUCACAAACGACACCCCCAACUGCGACCGUUUCGCCAAUAAUGGCACCCGCGCCGCCACCUGCCAUGGGACCCCUUACCCGGGAACGGCGGAGAAAGGCCCAUGGCCUAUAUUUCCAUUCGUCACCACCGAAAGUAUUACAAAUGAACAAUCAGAACCUUCAACGAGACAAUGAUGGCAGGGCCAGGGAAGUCAUAAAACCGUCCAAUAUAAGAAUAUGGCUUCACCAGAAGCAGCUAGCCAAACUGACCAAAGUAAUAUGGACAGGGCAGGGGAUGCGGCUUCGAACCGAGACUUCACAUCAUCCCAAGAUGAAACGGUUUCUGGAGUGUGUUCCGCACGUUAUGGGUGUCAUCAAAGACAUUCACCAGGCCGUGGUAGACAAUGAUCCGGAAACGUUGCGGGAAAAGAUGGCUGAUCCGACGCCUCGGAUCGUGCUGACGAGCAAAGAUUCAAAUGGACUGACCCCACUGCACAAGGCAGCCGGACUAGCUCACACCCAAAUCGUGGAGUACAUACUGUCGAUUUGGCCCAGCCUUUCUUCCGACGAAGACCACACCGGAAAGACGCCCCUCCACUGGGCGGCAAGUGCAAAGAACAACGCCCGAAGCUUUAACCUUCUGGUGCAGGCCGGAGCCGAUGAGGCAGCAUUGGAUCACAAAGGCAAACUGGCCGAGUACUACAAGAACAAACCGAGCGACAUCGACCGGUCGCUGCUGACGGUGAUUCCGGAGGCGCCUCGAAUAUCACAGCAGGGUUUCCCAUCGCACUUCGACUGGUCCAUGUUCACCAUCGAUGCGGAUACCGACGAUAGCAACGGUUCGCAAACGAGAAUGAAACCCUUUUUAUCGCAAAAUAACUUACUAGAUAACGAUGUAAAUAGUAACAAUAGUGUUUCCAAGUCUAAAUCUGUGCACAAUCUCACGAAUGGGACGCUGACCGAUCUCGCUAAUGAUAACGACGUCGACGCCGACAUUGACGCCGCCACCAACGACAACGACGACGACGCCGACGCCGACAAUGGUGGUGCGGCGGAAGUCGACGGGCAGGACCAGGGCGAGAAAAACAGCAAUGAACCACCUGAAGAAGAAGAAGAACCGGCCAAAGUGAAUGGAGACAUCGAUGCGGACACAAACGAAGAACCCGACUACGGCGCCGAUGAAUAUGAUGAGGAGGAAAGUAAACCCACUACUGAUGAAGAUACGCCACAGGCCGACGCUGUUGCUGCCGAUGAGAAUAAGGAGGAGCAGCAGGAUUCAGAGCAAGCAACUGAGGAGAACGUUGAUGAGAAAGAGUCGGUAGAAGUCGCCGAUGCAGUUGAGAAUGGUGAUGUUGAUAACGGAGCAGCUGAAUCGGUUGAAGAAGGUGAAACCGAAGAAGUUUCGCACGAGAAGGCAGACAAAUCAUCUGCGAAUGUUGUCGAUAGGGAAACGGGUGUAGCUUUGGAAAAGACCGAGGUAAAUGGAACAGGCGGAGAAGAGAUGACAGACUGUCAGGAACAGGAUAAAAGAGCGAAUGAAAUGAAUGAGCAAGAGGUAAUGAGUGAUGAUCGUGAAAUCGUAGACGAUGCUAAGGUGGAAAUGGUUGAAAAGAUUGAAGAUGAUAAUGCAAAUGAAGAAAAGAAUGACGCAAAAGACGAGGCUGGUGAUACGGUCGAAAAUGGUGAGAUCAGUAAGGAUAGUUUGGAGACAAAUCCCCCGGAACAGACGGUUCCGGACGAUAUUGAGCAAGAUAGCUUGAACAGUCCGACAGAAAUUCAAGGGACUGAAGUAGUUAAUGGUGAAAUAGAGCACAUUAAUGGCACGGGUCCACCAAGUGCAAAAUCAUUGAAAUCUCGUAAAUCUUCAGCAGCCUUAUCGACAAAAGAAAUUGAAAAUGACUCAAGGCCUACUACUGCUAUGAGAAUUGGAUCUGCAAGAUCGAUUAUUGAGGAUGGAAAUGGAAAUACAAGAGUGUUGACGUCUGCAAAGAGUACAAAAUCAGAGAUUGAAAAUAUCGAAAACAAUAACGAAGAUGUCAUUUUAUCUAGACCACAGAGCGUUUUGAAUGACACUGGGUCUGUAAAAUCUUCAGCAACAUCUAUAAAAUCCGCAAAAUCUCCGACAAAGUCAAUGGGUUCUAGUAGAUCAUCGGCUAAAUCAAAAGCUGGAUCAGCUCAAUCGACGGUUUCAAACAGAAUCAACUCAGCAGUUUCAAUGAAAAGCGAAACCAAUGUCAAAGCAUCUCAGCCUGAAGAAAAAAUCCUCGAAAACGGUAUCGAAGCGAACGGCUCAAGGCCAUCGACAGCUAACAGUGUCAAAUCGGCCUCCACCAGGACUCGCUCCGGUACAUCCCAAACACCAUCAGCGUCAACAGUUCGUAGCAACCAUUCGGCUCAAUCCGUUGUAAAGCAACGCCCGGACACUUCGGCAACGAAAUCGGCAACUUCGCUAAAAAGUCGUCCAAAGGAGACAGACGAUGAAGACGACGACAAGAGCGACUCCAACGACGAUUCUAAUCAAGCCGACGUCCAAAUAGUUCAUAUCAAAAAUAGUGAUGAGGAACUCGUCGAUGACAGCAAUCAAUCAAACGGUCCUCCCACCGCUAAAAUGACCAACGACGACGAUCAAAUUGGGUCACAAAAUGAGACCACCCCAAGCGCGAAGACAGAAAUCGAUGAACCAAUAGUUGAACCAAAGGCCAUUGUUGAAACUCAAACUGGCACCGGAAAUGGUGAACCUGACCCUGACAAACCAGAAGAUGCUUCCAACAAUGGCAACACGGAAUCUAACAACGAAGAUGGCAACAACAACGACAACGGCAACAUCCCCAAAGCUGAAUCUCCCAGUACGGCACUCGAGAUUCAAGGCACCGUACAGGGCGAACCGGAUGGAGGCCAACUGCACAGUGCCCAACCAUCCGCCUCCGACCCUGAUCAGUCCAAUGCAGCAGUUCCCAUCCAGGAGGUCAUCGAUCGGGGCGACAUGGAACAACUGGCCGUGAUAGUGCUCAGUGGAUCCGGUGGAAAGUUGCUCGGUAGGCGAGCCGAUCUGCCGGAGAUACAAGCGUUUUUGGACAAUGUGCCUUCCUACAUGAACAAAAUUCGACGGGUUCAUAUGGCCGCUCGAGAGGGAAGCUUGCGGGAGCUUCAGUCGGCCCUGGAUCGGCGGAAGUUUGCAACUGCCAAGGAUCAGAUUUCACCUCAUGGAGCGACACCGCUUCACGUGGCCACCAUAUUCGGACAGUCGGGUAUUGUGCGGUAUUUGGCUGGACGGUUCCCGGAAACGAUGACCGCAACCGAUGACAACGGUCGAACGCCACUACACUAUGCGGCAACCUUGAAGGACAACGGCCACUUCUACAACCUACUGACCCACCUAGGGGCGAAUUCCAAGGCUGAAGAUAACUUGAACCAUCCGGCCGAGUUCUACCUGGAUCACGAGGGCACCAAGGAUCUGCUUUCGCACCGGCAGCUGCUGCUCGAUUAUGGUGCCGAAGAGGACCUCGCAGACGAGAUGCUCAAUGAUCAAGUUCCGGAUGAUCAGCACAGUGCUCGCCGAGAGCUGGACGAUGUCGAUACUUUGACGACACUGGAGCGUUGCUUCAAGAUAAUCCACGAGCCGGUGGAUGGAGUGAUACGAAAACUGGAGCUUCCUUCUAACAGCGUACCGGGAAGUGCGUCGUCCUUACGGAUACUGAUAACGUCUUACUUAGCUAGGUUUCUGAAACGAAGUGUGUUCGAUAAGAUUAAAAAGCGCCAAACUCGACUGGAUCACAAUUUGUUCGAUGUGAUUUGGCCUGCCAUGAAAAAAGCGACAAAGGAACGGAAAAUCGACGAAGACUUGAACGUUGGAAUCGUGAUCCCAGACUACGACGUGUUCGUAGUGUUUCAAGAGUUUUUGGUCCCACUGUUGAAGGAUAUGCAUUGUAUGGACCUUCAACAGGAACUAGUGCCACAUCCACAGAUGCAGUAUUUCCCGAGAUACGUAAUUGCAGAAUCGCCAAAUCAUACUCAGGAGGGGAAUGGAAAUAUACUACGAGAGAACCCCGACGAUAUUAAGUUGAAUCUUGACACAUCGGGAAAGUUUAUCACUGGAACCGUGAUAGAGUGUUCAAGAAACUUAGAGGAUUAUGAGUUUCCCAUCAACCUCAGUAUUGCCCAGCUUGAGAAAGCGGAGAGAAUUCUAACCUCGAAGAUCCUAUCCAUGGCCUUUGCUCAUGCAAUCGGUGAAGAGGAACUUGGAACGUACUACACAAUGAAUGAGAUACUGGAAAGCCCUUCGGAGAUUCGGACAAUAUUAGCGACAAGUGGGCUUCUGAUACCUAUGCUGGACCAUUUCGAUCCGUACCAGAUAGCGGAAUCAAUAGCGCUAAAUGGUCGCUUUUGGCCGUACGGUCGCGGCGUUUACGUCAGUCAUAAACAGGAUCUGGCAGCUUGGAUCAAUGCUCAGGAACAUCUACGAGUUUUAUGCUGUUCCAGUUCUCAGUCUCCUGCCGACGUUGGCAGUGUCUACUCUAAGAUCGGACGGGUCAUGAACUUCCUAGAAGACAAAAUUCAAUUCAAACACAGCUACUUCCUAGGCUAUCUAGUAUCGAGACCUUCCUUUCUCGGUACAGGACUGAAAAUCACUUUAUCGCUAGAACUACCUCACCUACGAAAAGAAAGAGAAAAUCUGCGGCAUCUGUGCGUGGUACGUGGCCUGCACCUGAUAACGGAGGAAGACGAAACGUGUGUUCGUAUGAGUAAUAUGCGCAGUCUCGCUCAAUGCGAGUGGCAAAUCUUUCAAGACUACACAACGGCUAUCACGAACAUUGUUGCUCUGGAGAAAGAACUCUCAAUGACCAACUCCUUACACAUCGCUGCGACCUUGUUGAAGAUUUUUCAACUGAGCAAUUCCCAAGUUGAAAUACCGCUGUUCCGUACCGAAGAAGGCAGAUACCUGGCAACGUCUCUCGGAGACCCUCUCAUCAAAGGACUAACGGAAGUGGCAAACAAACGUCCAGCUGAUCCGAUAACCUAUCUGGCCAACUAUCUGUUUAACUUCGCCAACCAGAACCAGGGUCAAUUGCCGGCCACUGGUGGAAACAAAACUAGCGCUGGAGCUGAUCGUUCCGCUGACCAAAAGCAAGAUUUGAACAACAACAGGAACAGCAUAGAAUUCGGCGUCCAGGAAGACACCGAGGAGGAAUUGGAAAGUUCGGUUAAUAAAAUUGGGCCGAAGCCAUUGGCCAAUGGAAUGAUGGCCGCCGCCAAACCGUUGGAUGAUCCAGAGCAGGAACAGGGAGAACUUUCGCCUGAUAUCGCUCCGUCAAGUGAAAAUAGGGACGAACAUGGCCAAAGCAUGUUGCAUUUCGCUUGCGCCAGAUCACACGGCCGGAACGCCUUGAUCCAACUCAUUGAAGAAUCAGGUGUCAGUCUAACGUACCGAGAUGAGCUGUACCGAACUGCGCGUGAUGUCUCCCUCCAGGCGUCUCAGCCGGACAACGCCAAGGAAAUCGAUCGUUACGUUCUGGGUCUGGCAGCGCGGGGUGACCUCGAUGGAUUGAAUGCUAUGCUUUUGGAUGGAUAUGAUCACAUCGUCGAUGUGGCUGGAUCCGAUGGAACCACCAUCAUGCAGGUGGCAUCAACCAGGGGUCAUCGGGAAAUAGUUCGAUUCCUAGAGACAGCAAGAGAUUUUGAAGAAAAGCGAGAAACUUUAUUGACCGCUAUUCGGGAGAAAAAUUCUCCAAAGGUGAUGGAACUUUUGGAACAACCUGAUGGAGCAAAGUUGGCCAAAGCUAAAAAUUAUUACGGACGUUGCUCUCUUCACAUUGCAGUGCUAAUGGAAAACGAAGAUUUAGUAGACUUUUUGGCGUCGCGUUUCAAAUCGACGUUAAAAGUCGGUGACAAUCUGGAAAGAACGGCCCUUCACUACGCGAUGGGCAUCGGCAACGUGGAGGCGAUAAGUCGCAUUCUGAUCAAAAAUGGAGCAAAACGAGUACUGAAAGAUCUGAAGGGUCGCCAGCCAAGUUACUACUUCAUGAACAAGGCUGACAUUUUACGUUUACAGGAGGAAGAGAAAGAGUAGGGCUGAUCUUGAGAGAGGAAUAGCAAAUUGACAAUGUUAAUCGAUAAAAAAGAUUAUCAAAGUUAAGUUGACGCAAUGCGUACUGCAUUACAUUUCUGACUUGUUGUAAAAAUAUUGUUGAAUAUUGCGAAGAAUUUUUAAUAGUUGGAAGAUGUAGGAUUUUCUAGUGCAAUGUUGAAAAUAAAAUUUA